AUGGCCCAUUACGACUCGGUGUUUGCCGAUGAGAAGCAACAAUUAUAUGUCUUAGCUGGUCUCAAUUUAUCGAGCAUUUCCGCCUGCCGAGCAGUAUCAUUAUUUGACACAAGACAUACUAUUAAUCUUCAACCUGAUGGACGCCCCCUCGAAACCUCCGGACCCAAGAAUCCCAGUAAUCGUACGAAAUGCGAAAGCUCGUUUAAUAAGUCGGAGGACGAGGCGCCCUCUGGGGGUUCCAGCCAUACAACGGGUAAAGACACUGAGAUGAGCGAGCUAGAAGAAACCAAUCUGGAUGACAUUUUCAGCCACCACUCCGAUCUGGAAACUGCGAGCGACGUCGACUGCGAUUCAGACACAUCUAGCGUUACGGAUGACGGACAUGUUGAAUUCUAUGUUGUCCGCAAUCCAACUCCCGGUGAACGCCAUAUCCUCGCCGCUAUCAUAACACUGCUUCACACGAAAGGGGAGGACCGAAAGCCGAGAAUCAAGAGGUUUGUGAUCGAACAUGAGGAAAACCUGAUAUUCGACCUAUUAGGUCAGCUGAUGGCGUUGGCUAUCAACGAUGAUAUAUUCGUCGCGACAAUGAAGGACAUGGCGGAUAUCUACACUGUGCCCAUCCCUGCCCACCGGAGAGGUAUUCAGAUGAAAAUAAAGAAAGACAAACUAGACAUCCUAAUAUUUCGGGAGCCCGAGCAUACCGCAGAAGGCUAUUGA